AUGGAUUCUGAACUAGUGCCAAAAACAGAGUAUGAAGAGGACCUAUGCACAGUUACUGUUCAGGAUGAUGAUCAGAGUGAUGCUGUUAAUGCCAGCCCAGGUUAGUAACUUAUAUCAUUUAUUUAAAAGUUUCAGAAUACAUGCAUUCCAUAUUUGUGAAAUAGUAGCCAAAUGAGAGUUAAGAAGACAUGAGGAGUUUUUUUUAGGCAUCCACAAUGUUUAUCUGCAUUCAUUGAAACCAACUGACUAGAUGGGUAAUGUACAAUGUCGCUCACUUUGUUCACAAAUGAACCAUUUAUACUGCUAGUUUACAUUUAUUUUGGGAAUUCUUGUAAAGAUAAAUACAUAGCCACCUCUAUACUAAACUUCAAAUAAAUAAUGCUCAUUUUCAUGAUAACCCUUUAACCCCUUAAGGACACAUGACAUGUGUGACAUGUCAUGAUUCCCUUUUAUUCCAGAAGUUUGGUCCUUAAGGGGUUAAAGCAAUACUCUAAGCACCAUAUCCACUAGAAACAAUGUAGUGGUUAUGGUGCCAGGAGUGCCCUGCCCCCUCACAAUUGUAAAAAGUCAAAGCGUUUUAGAAUGUUUUAUGCCUGGAGUCUUCAGAUUGCUGCUUUCUACCUCCAGGAGAGGCAAAAGCUCAUUGUCUAAACUAAGCCGAGAGAGAAAAAACAAGAAGAGAUAAUGGCUGUGCCAGAGAAACCUAAUAUCAAACAAUAAUAACAAUAAAAGAUAAUCCAAAUUAAAGAGUCUUAUCUAAAAUGCUCUUAUUGGAAUCACAGAGUCUAUAAGGUGCUUUGUCAGGAGCAAUGUCCUCGCUGUCCUCAUCCGUGUAGAUCCACUCAUAUGCAAAAGAUAAAAACAAAUAGAGAACCAAAUAGUGCAAUAUGUCCAGUAGUAAAACGACAAAUGAAUAUAAAAAGUAGGUAUAAAACUCACAUGUACAAGAGCUAUAGCUAGCUCUAGUGUAAAAGGCGUACAGCGGUACAAUCCCCGCUUAUGGGAUAUGGGGUAAACUUUCUCCGUCAAAGGUAUGUCCAAUGCUCAAAGAGACAACCAAUAGUGCUCACUGAAUAAAAUGAUGAUCAAUAAAAUAUAUAUAAAAUGGUACUUACAAGAAAGGAGCAGGCCAACUGCUCCUUGAUGAUAGCGCUGGUGGUGUGAUCCCCACUUAGGAUUACUUGGAGUCCAGGAUGAUAAAAUGCUAGGUAAAAGGUAAUAACAAUCUUGUUUCUUGUCAACUCUCUGCACUCAACCACAAAUCAGCCUGCUGCUUCCAGCCCUCAAAGGCGAAAUAAGGCUUAGCUCAUUGGCUAAGAGAGAUCAGUUAAUACUCUCAGCCAACAAGUUGGCCCUGAAUCUCAUGAGUUAGCUCAGGAGAUUUAACGGAAGCUCCUAAGUAGGAGCAGACCCCAGAUGAGAAGUCAAAUUGUCCUAAAAUGGCUUGACUAUUUACAAUGAGGAGCAUGCUGUAGUGGUUAUGGUGCUUGGAGUGUUCCCUUAAGAAAAUGUGCAUGCUUUGGGAACAUUUUCCACUAUUAAUUGUUAAUAUUUGUGUGACUCAUUACUUAAAGGAAUGUACAUACUUUGAUAUACACAAGCUUGAUACAGUUCAUUAAACUCUCUGUUUGUGUUUUAGAUUAUGGAGACAGUGUUUGUCCAGGAGCACGAGAAUCACCACUUUUAAAAGAAGGAGGUAAGCUUCUGUAUUCAAAGCGAAAAGUAAAGGAGAGAAAAAACAAGAAGCAAAAAAACUCAUCUGAAAACUCUACCACAGAUGCCAUUACAUGCACAGAACUCAAUCAUACGAACGUUGAUGAAAAUUCUCUAGAUGAAAGUCUAGAAGAGCAACAAAAAGGUGAAGUAAAAAAAUAUACAAGCGCUCUUCGGGCUCGUAAAAACAGAGACGAAUCAAAGAAUAAAUGCCAGAAACAAGGCAAAAAUUCUCUGAAAAUGCAAAAGCUAACAGUUCAUUAUUCACCAUACAAGGUACAGAAGACGUACACAUGCACAGAGUGUGGGAGAAGCUGUAUUUCUAGUUCACAUCUCAUCAUACAUCAAAGGUCACACACGGGGGAGAGGCCUUUUUCCUGUGAUAAUUGUGGCAAAAGCUUUGCUAGGAGGUCUUCUCUUGUAAUACAUGAGCGAAUACACACAGGAGAGAGACCUUAUACAUGUACACACUGCGGAAAGAGCUUCACUAGCAGCGCCACACUGUCCACCCACAUAAGAAUCCACACAGGAGAGAGACCCUACGUAUGCUGGGAGUGCGGUAAGAGCUUCACCAGUAACUCCUCUUUGUUCAUACACAACAGAACUCACACGGGAGAGAAACCCUAUAUAUGCGUGGAAUGUGGCAAAACCUUUUCUUGUACGUCUGCCCUUGUUAUCCACAAGCGAUCACACACUGGAGAAAAGCCUUAUACGUGUGAAGAGUGUGGAAAAUGUUUUGCAGACAACUCAAGACUUGUCAAACACAAGGCAGCUCAUACAGGAGAUUGGGCCUAUGUGUGCACAGUAUGUGGAAAAGGGUUCACAUGCUACUCAAAUCUAAACGUACACCAGAGGUCUCACACUGGAGAGAGGCCAUAUGCAUGCACUAAUUGUGAUAAGCGAUUUGCUCUUAAUAGAGAUCUUGUGAGACAUCAGUCAAUACACACUGGGGAAAGACCAUUUAUUUGUUCUGAAUGUGGUAAGAGUUUUACUCGUAAAGCGCAUCUUACCACGCACUUGAAAAUACACACAAGGGAAAGAGCAGGUAAGAUCUGUGAGUGAUGGACAUGCUGGAAGAAGAUUUUACUUGACAUUCACCCAGUUCGAUAGAUUCUGCUGCUGGAGUAAAUUUAUCUUCAAUCCGUUGGCAUGCAUCGACAUCAUAAACAUCAUUUGAAAC